GCCAGUGAUAGUCUGUUGUCAAAUUGAUUUUUUUACCUAGAUGCCAUGGCGCAUGUCGGUACGAGUAAUUUAAUUAGUGAUAGUGAGUGUUUAGUGUAAUUGUGAUGUGUUUUUUAAAUUAUUUUGGAUUGCAAUGGAUUAAUUUUGCAAGUCAUGCGUGACUACAAGCGUCGGAAACUGUGACCCGCCCUCAGCCCACAGCCCGCAGCCCAAAGGCGGGGCCAUGGACUGCUAUGUCCCGAACAACCCGCAGUUCGGCGGGUGCUGCCAUUCGCUGUGUUGCGAUCCGCUGCAGCCCUGCUCCUGUGAUCAGAUCCGGGAGCUCUCAGAGCAGUGUUGUCAGCAGGAGAAUGAGAAUUGUUGUCCAGAAAAUGGUGAAGAGUUGAAUGCACUGAGCGAAUCAAUCGCUCCGUGCGACGUCAAUCUUGGUGAUGUGAACGAGCAAAGCUGGACAGGGGAGGAGAUGGGAUCCUUCUCCCUACCUUCAUUGGAGCUGGACCCACUACCAUCGCUGUUCCCAUUCUCACCAUGCUCUGGGUACAACAGGAACACGGGAGGGGAGUGUCGGGAGAGAACAGGGGGGGAGGCGGCAGACGUCCUCCUCUCUUUGAAGCAUGCCGUUGUACAUAGCGACUGCGCGGAGGGCCACCCACAGAUGAUGGUAAACAGCGGAAGUGGGUAUCCAUACUACGAGCAUUAUGCAGCGACGCCCAUCUUCCCUACAGCCACUAUGAGCGUCAAUGUGUCUAUGAACAUGACCAUGCAUGGUUGCCAGCCAGAUCAGCUUUGCUCACAGGUACAAUGGAAUCAGAAUGCAGCGACACCAUCUGUCAACGUGGUCUACCCACCCCCACAGAACAUACCCACAUCCUAUCCAUCAGCCACGUACUCCUUCACAGCCGACUUCCGGCCUCCUAACCAGUCAGAUCCUCUAAUCACCGCAUCAUCCACAUUCAAACCCGUCCUCCAAAACACACAGAAGACCCCCAACUAUAUCUUCCAGCAGAAACCCAACUUCCAGAAGAUGGGAUCCAUGCUUAAAAGGUCCCCCACCAAGAUAUACCAAGAAGGCCAAAAGGAGAGUGGGUAUUUGGUCAAUCAGAAUCAAAUGCAUCCCCAAGAAUAUGGAUACAGUCCCUGUAUCAACUCAGGGAAAGUUCAAGUCGGUGCGCUCAGCGGUUCAGAUGAAGACGAACAGAAGCCAAACCUAUGUCGUAUUUGUGGCAAGACAUAUGCACGGCCUAGUACAUUGAAGACACAUCUGCGUACGCACUCGGGAGAGCGGCCGUACAGAUGUGCGGAUUGCAAUAAGAGUUUUUCGCAAGCAGCCAACUUGACGGCCCAUGUGAGGACGCAUACUGGCCAAAAACCAUUUAGGUGUCCAAUUUGUGAUCGGAGAUUUAGUCAGAGUUCCAGUGUCACUACACACAUGAGAACACAUUCAGGGGAAAGGCCCUAUCAGUGCCGCUCAUGUAAAAAGGCGUUCUCCGACAGCUCCACGCUGACCAAACAUCUUCGAAUCCAUUCUGGCGAAAAGCCAUACCAGUGCAAGUUGUGUUUACUUAGGUUUUCUCAAUCUGGAAAUUUAAAUAGGCACAUGCGGGUACAUGGAAACAUGUCGGGAGGGAUACUCGGCUGACAUAUGCAGUGCUUGCAUGCAUGCAGCUUGGAUAUACCUACAGUGUUGCCAUAUGACUAUUUGUUGAAGUGAGGUGAUAACUGUGUUACGAAAGUGGCAAUCUUUCUUAUGUAUAUGCCAUAAAUUAGAGAUGACAUUGGCUCUAGCAUCAGUAAAAUUGUCUAUGAUUAUCUUUGGACCUAGCAUUAGAUUUAAGAGUAUUGUUCUUUAAAAGGACUAUAACAAAAGAUUACCUAGAAUUUAAUAAGUUUUAGCUACGACACUUGUCAGUAUUAAUAAAAACCAAAUCAAAUUAAUGGGAUCUCAUUAAUAAUUUUAUAUUACUAGUAAAAAUUAUAAUAGGUAUUUUUCUGAUAAAAAAUGUAUUCAUUAUUGUAUAAAAAAUGCGAAUUACGCAGGUCAGGAAUCUAUAUUUAUCUGUGGAUAAUAUGUUUUUUACAAUAUUUAAAUUUUAAAUCUUAGUAAGUAUUGGUACUUGGUACCGUUAAAAACAGUGAAUGCCAUUUUUAUUUAGCACUGAAUAACAUAUUUAGAUACUUUGUUUUGUUGAUGUUUAAUUAAAUUUUGUUUUUGAUGAUUUCUAAUUAAUGGAACAAUUGGUGUAUUUAGAAUUUUGUUGCUUAUUGAUGAUUCAUCUUCCAUCUUGAUUUUGUAGGGUUUUUUUGUUCUCCGCGCUAAUGGGAGAUAACUCGCGGGCCUAAGCUUUAUAUAGUUUAGCUUGAAGGUGAAUAAUUAAUGUAAAUAUUAGAUUAAGUGAGAACUAGGGACUUUCUUAGGCUGUUCUUAUUGUAAUAUAAUUUCUAGUCACUUAAACGUAGUUUCAAUUAGGUCUUAUAAGAUAAGCACAUUUGGUUGUUUAAUAAUAGAAGUAGGUUUCUACUUACAAAAUAUAAUAGUCAGCUUAAAAAACAAAUCAACACGCGAGUUGAAUACUGUUAUAAUGUAGUAUUUUAACAUUCUUAAAGAGGACGUAUCUACGUCAUAAAAUGAAAAUAUUUUUUAAAGUAAUUGUAAAUUUACUUCAGAUGUUGGUGUUGUUAAGUUGUAAUGUUUAUAAUAUUGGAUGAAACUUUACUCUUUAUGAAUAUGUCUAGAAUGACUUGUAGUACUUAUAUGAUUAUUUAACAAUUUUAAUAAACGGCAUCAUUAAAUAACCAAAUAAAUGAA